GAUUACCAGUGGGUGUGUGUUCCUCUUGAUUCAGUGCGACGUCUCUUAGUAAAGUUGUAAGAUGGCGACGGUGCAUCUGAGAAUCGGGGACCUGGUCUGGGGAAAGCUUGGUCGUUACCCACCAUGGCCUGGGAAGAUAGUAAGCCCUCCCAAGGACCUGAAAAAGCCAAGAGGGAAAAAGUGCCAUUUUGUGAAAUUCUUUGGAACGGAGGACCAUGCCUGGAUCAAAGUGGAGCAGCUGAAGCCUUACCACCCCCAUAAAGAAGAGAUGAUCAAGAUAAACAAAGGGAAGCGCUUCCAACAGGCAGUGGAUGCAGUGGAGGAUUUUCUGAAGAAGGCCAAAGGGAAAGAACAAAACUCUGAUAGUAGAGGAGACUCAAAAGGAAAAAAGAAUCCGAGCAAGCCCCUGAAAAUUCUAGAAGAGGAGGAUGAAGACUUCACCGUCCUCAAAGAGUCCCCUGACAAGGACAUAAUUGACUCAGACCCUGAGCCGUCCACUAUUGAAAGGCUAGGGGCUGGACCUGCCCCAGGAUUCAAAUGGGAAAGCAGUCCUGUAAAGGAUGACCCACAUUUCCACCACUUCCUACUCAGCCAGUCUGAAAAGCCUGCCUCAUCAAUGGAACCAAUCAGCAAGCGCCUGAAAAUCAUUGAAGAGGAUACAGGUUCAACGUCUAUUCAAGCAGCAGACAGCACAGCCAUCAACGGCAAUAUCACACCUACAGAUAAAAGGAUAGGCUUCCUGGGGCUGGGGCUGAUGGGUAGUGGCAUAGUUUCCAACCUAUUAAAGAUGGGACACAUGGUCACAGUGUGGAACCGCACUGCAGAAAAGUGUGACUUAUUCAUCCAAGAGGGUGCUAGGUUAGGGCGGACCCCAGCAGAGGUGGCUUCCAUGUGCGACAUAACUUUCUCGUGUGUCUCUGACCCAAAGGCUGCCAGGGAUUUGGUUCUGGGCCCAAGUGGAGUUCUACAGGGGAUCAGGCCAGGGAAAUGCUAUGUAGAGAUGUCCACCAUAGACCCAGAGACCAUUACAGAACUUUCACAGGUAAUCACAUCACGUGGCGGGCGCUUCCUGGAAGCUCCGGUGGCAGGCAGCCAGCAGCUGUCCAAUGAGGGGAUGCUGGUCAUCCUGGCAGCCGGUGACCGCACAGUCUAUGAAGACUGCAGCAGCUGCUUCCAGGCCAUGGGCAAGACAUCCUUUUUCCUGGGAAAGGCAGGGAACGCGGCACGAAUGAUGCUAAUCCUUAACAUGGUGCAGGGCAGUUUUAUGGCAUCCAUUGCCGAAGGGCUGACUCUGGCCCAGGCAACAGGCCAAUCACAGCAGACCUUUUUGGACAUCCUCUGUCAGGGCCAAAUGGCUAGUACUUUUGUGGACCAGAAAUGUCAGAAUAUCUUACAAGGCAACUUCAAGCCAGACUACUAUUUGAAACAUAUUCAGAAGGACCUGAGAUUAGCUAUCUCCAUGGGUGAUUUAGCUAAUCACCCAACCCCAAUGGCUGCAGCUGCCAAUGAGGUUUACAAGAGGGCUAAGGCACUUGACCAGUCAGACAAUGACAUGUCUGCAGUCUACAGAGCCUACAUUCACUAGAGUAAGAUGUGACCUAUACUUUGGACCAUGGUCUUUAACCCCCCCUUCUUCUUUUUUUUUUUACUUUUCCCCUGUUCCUCUAAUGGUAUAUAUUUUUAAUUUUAUUGUUAAUUUUGCCUUGCGCCAGUUAUGUUUCUUGCCCACAAGCAUCGGGAUGAAACCUGUUGUUAGAGGCAAUUUUGAACAUUGCACUGACUGUGUUGAUGAAAUUAUGCUAUAAGAAUGCUCUAUAAAAAGGGGGUACAGCCAUGUAGAUUGAAGUUGAGCAGUUGUCUGGUUUUUUCCAUUUUAUUUUAUUUUCUAAUUGUGAAAUCAUGAGCUGAGAUUUUGAAUGCAGGGCCACUGUAAACAGUAUGAUUUUCAAGCUGUGGCAGUUAACUCGAACAACUGUCAGUUUUUUGGGUCACAGAUCACAGAGAUAAAUUGGGCUAUUUCACACUCUGUACAAGAUUUAUUUUUAAUGUCCAUAAUUUCAUGAAUGAAACACCAAGAACAUGCCGCUGCAUCGCCUUAAUAUAGUAACUCUUUGGAGUCUUUCAAUAAUAGAUGUAUUUAUUUAUUUUUCCCACUCUAGGUCUUGGUGCAGUUUUUCCCGUGUUCGAAAUUCUUUUUUCAUGUGCUGACAGGCUUCCUGAAACAGGUUAAGGGUAGAGCAACAGAUAUGUUGAGGCCUUAAAAUGCAGAAAUAUUUAGCAAUUCUUGAGCUAUCCAUGUAUGAAAAACAUUUAACAUCUGGAUGAAUUCUUAUUUUGCGUUUACUUUUGAAACUGGACUUAAAUGUAAACUAUUAAGAGGCAAAGUACAGAUGCCAUCUCUCAGUAGAGCAAUAAAUAAUAUUGUUAAAAAAUAAUUGAAGAGGAAUGAAAUUGAAGUAAAAUAUAUUGUUAAAUUUCUGUAUUUUACAAGUUGGAGCAACAAAAAAAAAGAUAAUUGUUGAAAUGCGUCCUUUUUACACAAGUUUCAAAACUUAUUCAGAUAACAAAAAGACAUACAUUUGAGAUGCUCCAUCUUGAUGAAUUUGAGUAACACUGCAUUGAUAUCAAAGGAGGAAAUAAAUGUCAUCAAAAGAUUCCAAACUGUAGUUUCUGCCCUUGAAUAUAUACAUAUAAAUAUAUAUGCAUACACAAGUAAGUCAACUUGUAUUCGUUUUCAAUCAAUUUGAAUUAUUUUGUUGGUGUUAAGAAGUCAUCUCCCCACUUUUGAAAGUUUUUUCUUUUUGCCAAAUUGAUGUAGGUUUCUAGUUCAGGUUCAGGUUAUUUUUACAAAGUAUAGUGUAAAACAUUUUUAGAAGACAGACUUGUAAAUAGCAUGUUUGAUCGAGUGGGGUUUCUUUUAUAUAUACAUAUAAAGGGGUAAUAUAAAAGAACUACUUGUUUUUGACUGUACAGAAUAACUGUCUUAACAUCAUUACCUUCAUACUGUAGCUAGAUUGUUCAGUUAAAAUUCAAAUGGAUUCGUAAUUUGUGGUUAUGUGGUUUAUACUCCCACUGAAAUGAAAAUCCCAUUUGAGGAAUCCAAUUUAAGGAAGGAUGGUGACACUUGUUUUAGGGAUAUUUAUGAUUUUGUGUACAUGUGGAAAUAUUAAGACUUACUGUGCUGUUUAUUAAACCCUUUCCCG